AUGGCUUCUCGUUCCCUACGGUCCAGCGUUGCUUUGGCUCUCCUUGUCCUUGCUUUAGUUAGCACUUUUGGUUCUUUAAGUGCCGCUAGCAAUUUGCCUGAAGAUGCACCCUUCACCGUACCUAAGGAAAAUAUGGAGUCUAGCUUGAAAUGUAUUGAUGCACAUGAGCCGAUGGACAAACCGGGUGGAGUGAUCUUACUUGUACAUGGUACUUUAUCUACACCUGAUGUUUGGUUCAAUUAUAUUAAACUUUUACCCACGUUAAGGCCAGGAUAUGACAUCUGCCACGUCAACCUUCCAGAUUUUUCAUUGGGUGAUGUUCAAGUUACAUCGGAAUAUGUGGCAUUCGCAAUCGACUCUUUUGCUCAAAAAUCUGCUACACAAAAGGUAAAAAUCAUCUCUCAUAGCCAAGGCGGUCUUAAUACUCAAUGGGCUUUGACCUUUUGGCCUUCAUUGAGAUCAAAGGUAGACACCUUCAUAGCAUUAGCAGCUGAUUUCAAAGGAGCAAAGUCAGCCGAAACAGCAUGUGAAGAAGCAUGUCCGAUCGCCUAUGCACAACAAAAACCAAACUCAAAUCUCAUCCAAGCUCUUGAUUCCAAUCAAGAUUGCGAGAGUGGAGCUUCAGCUUUAGUUUCAACAUUUUCAAUUUAUUCAGAAUCAGAUAACAUUGUCACUCCAGAAUUCCCACCCAAUGAAGCUGCAAGUUAUUUAUCGGGUGCAAAGAUGAUACCUAUUCAAUCAUUCUGCGGAGAGGCUUACAAUUUGACACAUAUUCCAAUCGUUUUCGAUUCUUCAAUUUAUCAAAUCGUACAAGAUGUUCUUGAAUUCAAAUCUUUCCUACCUUCUAGAGCUAAGCUACCUUGCCAAUUACAACCACCUGUGCCAAUGGAUCCGAAUAUGAUGCCAAAGAGUCCUUCCUUAUUGAGAAAAUCAAACCUUGAACCUGGUCUGAACGCUUAUGUCUGUAGUAGGGGAUAUGCUACUCAGUGCAACCCUUGA